CUGCUCCGCUCCGCUUCGCCCCAGCGCUCCGGCCCAGCUCUCGCGGACAAGUCCCGACAUCGCGCGCCCCCCCCUCUCCCUCCCGCCCGCCUACUCCGGGACGGCCCCCUCCCCCUCCGCGGCGGCGUCGAAGAUAAACAAUAGUUGGCCGGCGAAGCCCCGAGUGGCUCCCGACGCCGGAUUCGGCGGGGCUGCGUGGGACCGGCGGGAUCCCGGCCAGCCGGCCAUGGCGGGGCUGUACUCGUUGGGAGUGAGCGUCUUCUCCGACCAGGGCGGGAGGAAGUACAUGGAGGACGUUACUCAAAUCGUGGUGGAGCCCGAGCCGACGAGCGAAGAAAAGCCCUCGCCGCGCCGCUCUUUCUCUCCGCUGUCGCCGGCGUCCCGGCCGGCUCUCCCCGGCCCAGGCCCAGCGCUGGCCGCCCGCGAAGCUCGCGACGCUGCCCCGGACCUGGCCGGGGCCUCGGCGCCCGCCGCUGGCCGCUGCUGCCGGCGCCGCUCCUCGGUGGCCUUCUUCGCCGUGUGCGACGGCCACGGCGGGCGGGAGGCGGCUCAGUUUGCGCGGGAGCACUUGUGGGGUUUCAUCAAGAAGCAGAAGGGUUUCACUUCGUCCGAGCCGGCCAAGGUGUGCGCUGCCAUCCGCAAAGGCUUCCUGGCUUGUCACCUCGCCAUGUGGAAGAAACUGGCAGAGUGGCCAAAGACUAUGACAGGUCUUCCCAGCACAUCAGGGACAACUGCCAGUGUGGUCAUCAUACGGGGUAUGAAGAUGUAUGUAGCUCACGUGGGUGACUCAGGAGUGGUUCUUGGAAUUCAGGAUGACCCAAAGGAUGAUUUUGUCAGAGCUGUGGAGGUCACACAGGAUCAUAAGCCAGAACAUCCCAAGGAAAGGGAACGAAUCGAAGGACUUGGUGGGAGUGUGAUGAACAAGUCUGGAGUGAAUCGUGUAGUUUGGAAACGACCUCGGCUAACUCACAAUGGCCCUGUUAGAAGAAGUACAGUUAUUGAUCAGAUUCCUUUUCUGGCAGUAGCAAGAGCACUUGGUGAUUUGUGGAGCUAUGAUUUCUUCAGUGGCGAGUUUGUGGUGUCACCUGAGCCAGAUACAAGUGUCCACACUCUUGACCCCCAAAAGCACAAGUAUAUUAUCUUGGGGAGUGAUGGACUUUGGAAUAUGAUUCCAGCUCAGGAUGCCGUAUCUAUGUGUCAGGACCAAGAGGAGAAAAAAUACUUAAUGGGUGAACACGGACAAUCUUGUGCCAAAAUGCUUGUGAAUCGAGCAUUAGGCCGCUGGAGGCAGCGAAUGCUUCGAGCAGAUAAUACUAGUGCCAUAGUAAUCUGCAUCUCUCCAGGAGUGGACUGUCAAAGAGAUUUCACCAGUGAAGAUGAGCUCUAUCUGAACCUGACUGAUAGCCCUUCUUAUAAUAGUCAAGAGACUUGUAUGAUGAUUCCUUCCCCGUGUUCUACACCACCAGUCAAGUCACUGGAGGAAGAUCCAUGGCCAAGGUUGAACUCCAAGGACCAUGUACCUACCCUGGUUCGUAGUAAUGCCUUCUCUGAGAAUUAUUUAGAAGUCCCAGCUGAAGUGGCUCGAGGAAAUGUCCAGGCGACAGUCAUACUUCCAAAAGAUCCAGAGCCACUUGAGGAAAAUUGCACUAAAACCCUAACUUUAAGGAUACAUGAAUCUUUGAGUAAUAACCUGUCCGUUGGCCUUGUACCUACUAAUUCAACAAACUCCAUUGUGGACCAAAAAAAUUUAAAGAUGUCAACCCCAGGUCAAAUGAAAGCCCGAGAAGUUGAAAGAACCCCUCCAGCAAACUUUAAAAGGACAUUGGAAGAAUCCAAUUCUGGCCCUCUUCUGAAGAAACAUAGACGGAAUGGCAUAAGUCGCAGUGGUGGUACUCAACCAGCAAACCUCCCCGCAACCUCACAGCGAAAGAACUCUGUUAAACUUACCAUGAGACGAAGACUCAGGGGCCAGAAGAAAAUUGGAAAUCCAUUACUUCACCAGCACAGAAAACCUGUUUGUGUAUGCUGAAAUGUAUCUGGAAAGUGUGUUCCCCCCUACCCCCCAAGCUUAGAAUGUAAGAGGGCUUUUUUCAAGUUGGCAAAGUUGAACUAUUUUUAAAGAGACAAAAUAAACAUUAGUAUACAAUUUGACUUUUUUGGAAUUCCACAAUUUUGACUUGGCUUUUAACUUGCUUGUAUUAUAAAUGUGAAUUUUGUAGAUGUUAGGAUAUAGUGCUAUAAAUGUGUGUAAAUUUGUAUCCUUCACACAAACUCAGUCUCUUACUCUGAUACACAGUAAAUGUACAAUAGGGCUAAAAAAAAUUUUUUUUAAGCAAAAGAAUCUAUUAGAUUUUAGAAAUACAUUUAAGCUUUUUAAAAUGCUUAUUAAGGAAUUUGUAAGUCACUUGUAAUAAAAGCUACACAACUUUUUAAAGUAAAUUAUUAAACAAACUGGAAAAGUGAUGUAUUUUCAUAGUGACCUGUGUUCCAUUUACUGUUUCUUAGAGACAACUACUGUCUUUUAAAAAAUUAUUUUUUAUCAUUUCAUAAUUCAAAACUUGAGUUUUUCAUAGAUGCAAAGAUGUUGAACCAUGCUAAUGUAGCUGAGUGUUUUUCAGUAUCUCUGUCCUAAUUAAAAUACUAUGCAGUAUCUCUUAUUUCCAUAGCAUUUUCUAAAACAUUUAGUCAUCAGAUACAUUUGCCAGAUAUUUGGAGUAGAAGGAGGUGUCUUUACCUACAGGAUGCUUUUCUCAGCCAUCCCAGACAUUCAGUGGCAUUAUUAGGUCUUGAGGUAGUUACCCUCUUUUAGUGUUUGCGUAAAAUAUGUGAAAUUUCUCUUGCUAUUCUAUAACAGAUGGUGCUGCUAAUUCCCAACAUUUCUUAAAUUAUUUUAUAUAGCAUACAGUUUUCAUUGAUUAUAUGAAUAUGUUUGUUCAUCUAAUAAAUCAGUGAACUGUU